AUGAAAUAUAAACUUUGUGGUCGACAUAUUUCAGUGAAUGGACCACGAGGUUCAGUGACUGUCCGAGUUGUUGAUCGUUGUCCAGUAUGCAAACCUGGCGAUUUGGACUUGAGUCCAGCUGCUUUUGAUCGAAUCGCCGAUCGAAAUCAAGGACGAUGUCAAUUGAAAGGGGAACAGCAAGCUCAACAAAAAUACAACGAUGCACUUGGAGUUCAGCAUGAAGAGUCUCAAGACAGUUUUGUUAUUGAUGAUGGUGCUCUGCCACCAGAUAAACCAUGUGCUAUAACAAUUUCAUACGUCACUGAACUGGAACUCGUUAAAAAUAGAACUAAAAUUCGCAUUGUUGUUCCAACAACUCUUGCAUCACGUUACAAUACAAACAAAGAAGGUAUCAGUUCGUUAGCAGGUAUAAUGCAACGAACACGUUCAAUCAGCUCCAUAUACAAUUGGACUUCAUUGUCGCGUGGAAAACAUUGA